UUUCAGAUUUCCGUCGAAAAUUCCCCUUCAAAGAUGAUACUGGACACGUCUACCGGGGACACAGCUUCAGGACCGCCGCAGCCACCAGAAAGCGGAUUUCGAGCGAAAAUUCGCCACCUCUCCGCUGGCAUCUUCCUCUCAUGGCUCGCCAUCUUCACAAUUCCAUCGAUUUUAUCGAUUUUUCCGAUUGGUCUGUUCUUUGGCGUCUAUACUGCAAUUCAAUCGAUUUUCGGGUGGAAAAACCGGAAAAUUGGCGAAAAAAUCGAUAAAAGCGAGGAUUCCGGGAUUUCCGAUGCUUCUGAGGCUUCUGAUGAUGAAUCUCAACAAAUUUCGACGAAUUUCGAGUUUCAGUCAAUUUCCGGCAAGUUGAAGCAGCUGAAAAUCACUGAAAACCUGGAAAAAUCGAUAAUCGACUACUUGGCACUGUGCCAGAAACUGCCGGUGCUCGUCACGUUGCGUGACGUCACGGAAUUUCAAAUUUUCGCCCAAAAAUCGGAGGUCCCGCUGCGAAUUCAGUACAAGAAGCGAAAAUUGAAAAUUUUGAGAAUCUCGGAAAAUUUGAAGCAAUUCUUCACGAAAAUGCUCGGCAACUCGACGUCCGGCACUCAUUUGAUCUACUUUUUUGGCGCCAAAUCGAAAAUUUACGAGAAUUUCGAAAAUUUGACUGAAAAUCGACGAUUUUGCGCGGAAAUCAAGGAAAUUUACGCUGAAAACGGAGAAAAUCGAGGAAUUUUGGAAAAAUCGGCCGAGGAGAUUUUGGUGGUCAACAAAAUGGGCGUUGUUUGGGUGAAUUCGGGAUUUUAAGUGAUUUUUUUGCGAUUUUUCUGUGACUUUUUAAUGUGUUUUGUGUGUAUGGGUUUUUGAUGAGUAAAUUUUAUUAUUUUU